UAUGGGGAGUACAUAAGAAGAGGGGCUAUGAAAAAAAUGAAUACUUUUUAGAAAUUACUUAAUAAAUUGUAAUUAAUAAGUAAUUAUAAGUUAAAAAUGUUUAAGUGGUGAAGGAAUGGGUUAGUUUACGGGGAUAUGUGAUCUGUGAUUUGUUGACCCCUCUAUGAAAAUAUGUGAUUUUUCCGCAUAAAUGAGCAUGAAAUCGUUGAUAAAGUCACAGUGUCAUCAAGAACCAUCAGCUCUAAAAAGAAGACUCUACUCUAUGAACAAUAUGGCUGCCGAACCUGUAAGAAAACAACGUUAUGUUUAUGUUGCACCGACACCGCCAGCUGAAAUGAUCGAUUCAAGCAGUUAUACAAUUUCGUUCGGCGAUAGAAAAUUUUUACAACUAGGACUGAAUCACGUUUACUAUUAAGCCGUCAAAUAGACCGCAUUAUGCAAUACGCCGAUGGUAAAUGGCCAGGACUUAGAACUCUACAAUCACCAAAUGAUGAAAUGGUUAAUUUUAUAAGAAGUUUGAACGAAAUAGAAAUAGGUGACAGUAAUUACAUAAGCGAGCUAAAAAAUUUAGCAUACAAUGUAAUAGUUGAUCGAUGGGUCAAGUCAUGGUCCGAGGGCACGCUUCAAAUUAAUGAAAAAGAAGAAAUGUAUGACGAAAAUGACGGUCCGGCAUUUUUCGAUACAACAGUGUUUACCCAAGAAAAUAGUUAUAGUCCAUGGGCUUCACAAUGGCCGAAACCCAAUCACGUCAGAAAAUUAACUUAUAUUAAUAAUUUAUAAACAAUAACUUUAUAUAUUGUACUAGUU